AUGGAGAUUACGAUUGAUCAUAAGCAUUUUAAAGUCAAGUUUGAAGGUUUGCAUGGUGAACUUAUUCGCAUAACGGAAUGGAAUCGGUUUGGAUAUUUCUCAUGCUUAGUGAAUAGAAGUUGUGUGAGAUGGUUGAAGGAGAUGUUUUCUAAAGCUUUAUCCAAGAAUCGACAAGAUAUUUUCCUUAGAAAGUUUAGGAGGGAUGAAUAUUGUAUGUGGAUGGAAUUGGAAAAUAGCAGGUUUGGGGAGUUUGCCAGGAUUACACAAAUGAUGAAUAAUGGUGGAAGGAAUACUCUGAUACAAGAAGAAGAAAAUCAAAGUCUGAUGGUGGUAUCAAAAUGUAGAGUCAAAGAGCAAGGAAAUGGGGCAUGGGCUGAGAUGCAUAAGGAAAAUACUCCUGCAAAUGUUAAGGGUAUGAAAAUAUGCUUAAAGAAGAGGUUAAAUGGAGGUGUGUUGUG